GCUGGAAGAUUGGCAGAGGCCUCGUAGGAUUCGUGGAUGGCGUUUUGGCUGUGUUGACUUGGGUUGGGCCUCACCGGCAGCUGGAAGUGUGAAGGAGCUUUGGCGGGCAGAGACAAUGUUUGACGAUCGGGUUUCUUUCCCUGAUGUGGCCAGCAAGCAAGCAGAUGGAGCUGCGCCCAGCGCGCGUGGACUGGAAAUGCCUUGGGCGCCUCAUCACACCAUGCGAAGAAUGCUACCGGGUGCCUUCGAGAGAGUGACAGGCUAUGCCGGUGGCGAAUUUGGUGACAGCAUCAGGACCGCCCAAUUGGCCCCAUCGCCAACAUCAGGAGGGGAGCGCCCACGCACUGAUGGCGAGUCUGGCAACAGCUUUCAAGCGGCGUCAGGAGGCUAUGCCGGUGGCGAAUUUGGUGACAGCAUCAGGACCGCCCAAUUGGCCCCAUCGCCAACAUCAGGAGGGGAGCGCCCACGCACUGAUGGCGAGUCUGGCAACAGCUUUCAAGCGGCGUCAGGAGGCUAUGCCGGUGGCGAAUUUGGUGACAGCAUCAGGACCGCCCAAUUGGCCCCAUCGCCAACAUCAGGAGAGCCUGCCUUCAUCCAGAUGCCGAACUGGGGCCAACACUACUCUCAGCCGGACCCUGGACACCCGCAAGGAUCCAGGACCCCGGGCGAGCUGAAGAUUCUGCUAGCGCAGCAAAGGAAUACUGCUCGUCAACAUGCCCAAACACUGCCUUCAAAGCCUUCGCGCGCUGGCCAGAACCAUGUUUUCAAGGACCGCAAGUUGGCAGACAUCUACCGGGAUGUGGUGCAAGUCCUCCUGCCGAAUCUUGCAGAAGUCCAACGGCUGGAAGAAAGGCAGCCACAUGUACCUGAUGCUGAUCAAAGAGUGCGUCGCGCCGCUUUUUGUCGCACUGAGAACUUUACAUCAGACGGAAGCGCCGAUGAUCAGGGGCCAUUGCAAGUGUGGAUAUUGAGUGAACAUUUCGACCCGUACAUGCACAAGCUGGACUGCACAUUUCAAAAGCAUGUCGUGACCCCAACUUUCCAACAUUCGACCCAAUUCCUGCUCGCGGUAGACACAACGAAGGUGAAAGAAUUCAAGAGCCGCGCAGAAGCCAUGAUCAAAACCAAACUCCCCAAGAAGGACGUGGAACUUGCGGAUGCUGGCUUCGCCUAUAUCCGAACUCCGAUAUUUGCGCACGCCAAUUCACCACAUGAUCGAUCAACAUGAAUUUAAUUGCACCUAUUUUUAAUCAAUUUCAAUUUGAA